AUGGCUGAGGGCUACCAAACGACCGUACACGAUAAAGUCGGGGGACGAUCAGCAGACGCGGAUCAAACGUGUGCCGAGGAUAACGUUCCCGGUCGGAAGGGGAAACGUUGCGAUCCCUGUAGAACCAAAGGGAGGUGGAAUGAUGCGGUGGUGCUGUGUAAAACCUGCCAACAACACCAGUGUGAAGAGUGCUCAAUGAACCAUUCAUUGAAUGACAUCAUGGUUGGACACGAUCUACAAGGUUUGGAGGAAGAAGAGCAAAGGAAAAUAUGCAUCAAACACAAACAGGAUGUAAACAUAUACUGUGUGGACCACGAUGAAAUGUGUUGUGGACUCUGUUGUGUAAUGUACCAUAAGCAGUGCACUGAAGUUACAGACAUCACAUCAGGUGGGAAAUUGUCGCUUUCAAAUAUUCGUGGCAUGUGUGAAAAUAUUAAUAAAGAUGCGGAAAAACGAAUGCAAACUUACCAAAACCAGGCUAAAGACAUUCCCGAUCAAAUCGAUAUCAUGAAGAAUGAAAUAGUUAAACUAUUCGAUGAUUUCAAGUGCAACGUUGUUCAGAGUUUCCGUGAUGCAGUCAAGAUUGAAUCAAAGGAAAUAGAUGAAGAAAAAAUAGUUCGAACGGCCAUUACUAAAGAUAUUGAUACAACAUCAUACAGCGACGAUUCCUGCAGAAUGUAUCUCUUUACAAAAAAGAUAAGACAGCACAAACAUGCGAUUUCGAAACAAGAGUCCGAUCAACAUGUUCUGGACUUCAUUUUCGAAAUCAACAAGACACUGCUUUCUUUCAUACAAAGCGGGGAUGACAUCGGUUCACUCCAUGUGCAGAAUACUUUCACCAAGGCAACAGCUGGAACGUUUGCACGUCCUUUUAUGUUACGUUUGUUGGCGUCAAGAAAUUUGAAGCAAGGUGGAGGCUAUGAUCAGGAACCUUUCGUAACUGGACUUGACUUUCUUCCAGACGGCAGGAUUGUUGGAGUGGACAAUACGAACAAUGAACUGCUGAUUUUCGAUGACAGUUUAGAUCAUCUGAAGAAAAAGAAUUUGAACCCAAACUGCCCGAACAAAAAUAUAAAUGGGGUGAGUAUGGAAGCGCCACCACCUUCAUUCCUAAUCGUCAAAUUGUAG